CCCGCCGCCCGCCACGCCGCCCUCGAUCACCUCCGUCUCAUUUUCGACGACCAAGUCUGCUCCCACCUCCUCCAGCGCGAAAACGCCGCUUCCUCCGCCCCUCCAACACCUUCAGCGGGGAAUUUAGGGAAUUUAGAAGACGUGGUACAAGAAAUCCAACGGGUUUUAACCGAAUUCCUCCGUUCCAACCCCAAAGCCUGGGCUCCCGUCGUCUCGGCAUGGUCGAUCGAUUUAAUGGGGCAAUUAAGCAGCAAAUACGCCGGACGCCACGGCGUCCCGCACGCUUCCAACCUCAACGAGCUCCUCCAGCUUUGGAUGAGCUGCGCGGCCACGCGGACCCUGAUGGAAAUUUACACCCAGUGCCUCGGCGCUAUGAUCGGAGGUUGCCCCGACGCUUGCGUCGACGCUUUGCUCGAUACUUCGCUUCAACACUCGCCGCAUUUCGACUGGGUGGUGGCUCACAUCGGUUCUUCUUUCCCCAACACCAUCAUCAACCGCGUCCUUUCCUGCGGGUUGAAAGAUUUUUCUUCUCACGGCGCUACGCCGGGGGAUUUCCUUUGCCCUCUCGCCUCCGAUAAACGCGUCCCGAAAAUCGCUUCCGUCGUGGGGAUUUUGGGCCAUUUAGCCGCUCGUCAUUCCGGGAGCAUCAAACAAGAACUUUUGAGGAUGUUUCACGAGAGUUUAAACCCAACGAGGGACCAACACCAAAAAGCCGCCGUGCCUUUCCUCCUCCAACUCGCCGUCAUGUCCCCACCGCUCCUCGGUACCGUUUCGGCCGAAUUAGUCGAUUCCCUCAAACCUCCCGUCCUCAAUCAACUCCAACAACAUUUCUCCGCGUUUCCCCGCGAGGAAUUAGACAACACCGUCGGCGUCGUCGUUCACCUCCUUUGCCAAACCUCCUCCGGCGCUUAUCGCAUCUUCCAGUUCCUCCUCAACACCGCCAUGCCCGCCUCCGUCAUCACCCCGCCGGGCUCCACGCUCCACGACGGCGUCCGCGAAUCCUGCGACCGCAUCGUUCAACUCCUCCUCCUUCAUUUACAAAAAUUAGUUCACAACCGCGCCGGCUCCUCUCCCGGCGACGCCGCGCCGCGUCCCGUCCCCUUUUUAGACGCUUUAAAACCCCACGUCCGGGAUCUUUGCGUGGAGACUCUACGCUUGGAACGAAAACGUUUCCUCUGGCAGCACCAGCUCUUGGCGCUCUUGGCGGUUUAUUCGGCGCCGAAUUGCGCCACCGACGCCCUCGCUUUCCUCUUGACGUUGGCAAAAACUCAAGAAGAGUUGGCUUUGGCCACGCAGCUCCACGCCGUCCUCAGCUCAUCCCUCUCCGACCUUCUCCCCGCUACCGUCGCCACCUGCGUCGCCCAAAUCCACGCCGCUCGUUUGCCGGAACCGCAAAUCGUUCAACUCCUUCGAAAUUUCGCUUCGGUUCUCCAAGGGGAAAGCGGAGAUGCCGGCGCGGCGGCGAUGGGACCGCAGCUCGGCGUCGUUUUGGGCCGAUUCCUCCACGAUUUCGCUCAACUCCUCCUCCACCGUCGCGCCGACGUCGCCGAAGCCGCGUCUUGGCUCCUCUCCGUCUGUCCUUUCCCCCGUUCUGUGCCGCCGGCGCAGCUCCUUGCCGUCACCCGCGCGGCCGUCGCUUAUUUUUUUACCGUUUUACGCCAUAAAACCAACCGUCCCGCCGAUCUUUCCUACGCCACGCGGCUCCUCGCCCGUCUCAGCGCCGUCUCCGCCGCCGCCCCCGCCAAAGCUCUGGUCCAGCAGCUGGUGGAAGGAGCUUUACGCGGCGCCAACGCUCGACUUUUCGGCGCCGCGCCGGAAAAAAAUCCCCAAGAAAACACCGCUUGGGAUGGAAACACCAACGACAUUUCCUUAUUGGAGAUCAACCGCCGCUUCACCGCCGCCGUCAACUUCUCCGGCGGCGUUUGGUCCGUUUUUCACGCCGGGGUGAUCGGACACGGGUUAAAAACUCCGCCGGGAGCCUCCGAUGGCGCUCCGGAAGAACUGGCGAAUAAUAUUCAGAUUUUUCUCGGUGUUUUACUCCGUUGUUGCCUCCACCGUUCGUCUGAAUCCUCAUUUUCUCCUUUCUCCCUCCCUUCCAUCAAUCCCGAAGCCGCCAAAGCCGUGGCGGCCGCCGUGGUGGAAAGUUGCCCGGAAGCCGCCGGCGGGGAAUUAAUUUGGCCUCCGGAGGAACAAUCCCGCGGGACGGUGGAGCGGGAUUUAAAAAUUUGCCGACGGUUUCGUCAACACCCUUUGCUUUUUCCCCUCUUACGUCUCGUCGCCGCCGGUCGACCUGCGCUCUGCUACUGUUCCGUUCUUCUCCGCGGGCUCCUGGCCGGUCUUUUGGCGUUUUGGGAAUCGUGUCGGGACGCGGAAACGCCGGCGGCGCCGUGGCAGCUCCAGGCUUCCUGCGCCCUC